AUUAUCACACAAUAUCGAUCUAGGAAACGUAAAGCAUCAAAAUCAAAGUGCAGAAUCAUGAGUCAAGAACAGCCACAGAGACCACAAGCAGAGCAAUUCUCCGAGCAAGAACCCAUCAAAUAUGGUGACGUUUUCAACGUCUCUGGUGAAUUAGCCUCACAACCAAUCAAACCAAGAGACGCAGCUCUCAUGCAAGCCACAGAGAAUCAAGCCCUAGGACAAACCCAAAAGGGCAGUCCAGCCUCCGUGAUGCAAUCAGCAGCUGCAGUAAACACCGCUGCCGGCCUCGUAAGCCACGGAGACAUCUCAGACAUAGCAAAAAACCAAGGCAUGAGUGUCUCCAAAACCAAAGUGGGUGCAAACCGUGUGAUCACAGAAUCUGUUGGAUCACAAGUUGUUGGACAGUUUGUUGAACCUGAUGUGCCUAUGAAUGAUCCUGGUUUGGUUUUGGACAAGAAUGCUAUAACCAUUGGAGAGGCACUGGAAGCUUCUGCUUUGAGUCAAGCCGGUGAUAAGCCGUUGGAUCAGAGUGAUGCUGCUGCUAUACAGGCCGCGGAAAUGAGAGCUACCGGAAAGAAUCAUACUGAGCCCGGUGGGUUGGGUGCCAUAGCUCAGUCAGCAGCUACCAGAAAUACUCGUACUAUGCCUGAUCUGCAGAAAACUACAUUGGGUGAUGUCGUAUCGGGUGCGAGGGAGAAGCUGGGAUCGGAUAAAGCUGUAACACGAGAGGAUGCAGAGGGAGUGAUUGGAGCAGAGCUUAGAAACAAAGCGGACAUGAGAACUAAACCGGGCGGUGUGGCUGCAUCGAUGGCAGCGGCAGCCACCCUCAACCAGAACACGAAGAGCGGGUGAGACAUGGAGAUUCAAAGUUCUUAAGGCAGCGAUAGACUUAGUUUGAGUUGAAAUGUUGAUCUGAAAAAACUAUCUUUUACUUGUAAGAAGAAGAAAAAAAGUUAUCUAUUCCAUUUGUAAUUUUUUUUUUUAAGAAUGGUUCCACCAUAUAUAGGACAUCUUUAGUCUGUACUUGGUAAAUCUUGUAAUGAAUAUAAGGAAUUCUCAUAUCCUCUAAUUUGAAGUAGUACAUAGUUUUGGCCUGUGGUUCCUUUUGGGGUAAAUUAAUUAGUAUGGCACGUGGGAUGCACACACGUGGACCGAGAUGUAAACCUCACAAUUUUUGUUUUCAAACAAAGGUAAUGCAUGCAAGGAGAACCGUUAAAUACAAGCAAAAAGAGAGGAACAAAA